AUGAGCACAAAUUGUUUAUCCGAACUUUGUGAAGAACUUCAAGAAGCCCUCAGCAAAAUUUACAAUGAAUACCUUCAAGAUUUUAGGAAACGCAAAGCUCAACGCUCAGAAAAUCUUCGCCCAUCAGACCCUCCUGAGCAAUAUCAGCUCGUCGUAGAAACAAACUACCGCAAUGAGCUAACACAAAAAGUGAAGCAAAUAGUUCAUCAAGAAUCCUUAAACUCGAUCUAUCGCAUUUUUUACGACGCUGUCCAUCAAUUUGUCUCUGAUAUUUUCACUGACUUAAAAUCCCUUGAUUCUCAAAACUCCAUUCUUAGAAUUCUAUGUCUGGCUGAAGCCUUUCACACAGUUGAAAACUCAGCACGAGAACUGGGAAAAAUCACAACUGGGAUUUUUGAAAGAGAGGCUACGUCUAUUACUUGUGAAAACGUAACAAAACUUGCCUUUUUUGACAAGGUUUUAAAGCAUUUUGAUGAUUUAAUAGAGUCUGCUGCAUCUAUGGGUGACAAAACUGAAGUAGUGAAUGAUGUAAUUAAUUUGAAUCUUGAGCUGAGAUCUUUAAGCAAUAGACUUAGAUCUAUUUCAAAAAGCUCAGGCAAAGUAUUUAAAGAGGACUCUCAGAGGCUGAAUUCAAAACUUAUUUUAAGUGGAGAAGACAAUUGCAAUGAUGAUGUUUCGAAUAUGAGUAUAGAUGAUAUCGUUUCAUUCAUAAAUGGUGAAUCGAAAGAUAUGAAAAAGAAAAGACGGUCUAGAGGCAAAAAGAGGAGCAAGGCAUCUACAGCAAGCACGUCUGGGUCACCUAAAUCUGCUCAUACAGACAUAGAGUAUCCUGAGCUUGAAAGAGAGAUUGAAGAAUUCAGCAAAAGGCUGGAAUUCACGAUGAAAUCGCCGAGACUGAAACCAAAAUAUACAGAAGAGUGGCUCAAGCAUUUGAGAGAACAAAUAAAUAAAAAUCAAUAG